AUGGCACUCGACGGCAUAGACGAGAAGCUGGUCACUGACUUGAAGGAAAUCUUCGACCUUUUCGACCAAGAUAAAGACGGACAAAUCACCGCCGCGGAACUUGGCGACGUUAUGAGGGCUCUCGGCCAAAACCCUACCGAGCCUGAGCUGCAAACCAUUAUCGACGAAGCCGAUUUGGACAACAAUGGCGCGCUAGAAUUCUCCGAUUUCGUCCGUUUAAUGUCCGACAAGGUCAAGCCAAUCAGUCUCGACGAGGAGCUUUGGCAGGUUUUCGUGAUGUUGGAUCGAAAUGGCGAUGGACGAGUCUCGAAAGAAGAAUUGCGCGAAGCCAUGGCAGUACUUGCCAAUGGAGUUAGUGAGGCAGAUUUGAAUGAGAUGCUUCAGGCCGCGGAUGAAGAUGAUGAUGGCCAUAUCAGCUAUGAGGAGUUCGUCAAGGUCAUGAAGACAAAUUAG